AUGGCGACGCGUCGCCUCACUUCGUGCUGCCUUCUCCUCGCCAUGCUCAUGGGGACAGUGGCUGCCGCUUCCGCCUUCGACGAAGCGGCCGCCGCUGGCGUCGGCCUUGGUCACGGUGCGCGUUUCGCACGCAAGCCAGGACGCGCUGCCGCCGAGAAGCCGCAACCAGAGCCCCAACCUAAACCACAGCCCGUGCCAGAAUCAAAACCAAAGUCCAUACCACAUUCAGAGUCUAGACCUGAACCCAAACUAAAGCCUGAACCAAAGCCAAUGCCACAUCCAAAGCCUGAACAUGAGCCCAAACCAGAGCCUUUACCUCAUCCUAAAACAAAACCUAAACCUCACCCGGAACCCUUGCCCAAACCUGAGCCUAAAACGCAGCCUAUGCCACAACCAGGGUCCAAACCAGAGCCUAAGCCUCAGCCCGGACCCAAACCAGAGCCGAAGCACAUGCCUCAACUUGGACCCAAACCGGAGCCAAAGCCUGAACCAGAACCUAAGCCAGAGCCAAAACCAGAGCCAAAGCCCAAGCCAGAGCCAAAACCGAAACCAGAGCCAGAACCUAAGCCAGAGCCAAAACCAGAGCCAAAGCCCAAACCAGAGCCAAAACCGAAACCAGAGCCAGAGCCAAAACCAGAGCCAAAGCCCAAACCAGAGCCAGAACCAAAACCAGAACCAGAACCUAAGCCAGAGCCAAAACUAGAGCCAAAACCCAAACCAGAGCCAAAACCGAAACCAGAACCAGAACCUAAGCCAGAGCCAAAACCAGAGCCAAAACCCAAACCAGAGCCAAAACCGAAACCAGAACCAGAACCAGAACCUAAACCAAAACCCAAACUAAAACCAAAACCGAAACAUAAACCUAAAUCAGACUCCAACCCGAAACCAAAACCUAAACAAAGCCAGAGCCAGAGCCCAAGCCGCCGCCGCACAUCCCACCGGCAGCUAACUGACCAUGUGGCGCUAUUUUGUAUGACGCGGCAGAGUUUCUGA